UCACUCGUUCCGCGAUACAAGGCGCAACAACACCACAUCAAGACAAAUGCGGAAUUACGCUCUGACGUCAGCAGCAGUGGUGGUGGCCGUCCUCCUGGUCUCGACGGCGUCCUCGGCGAGAACGGGCAACGCCGCCGAGACCCUGCAGGCCAUGCGCGAGGCCGACCUCGCAGGAAUCCUGGGCUCCGCCGAGGUACCUUACCCGUCUCGGCCUAAUAUCUUCAAGUCACCCGUUGAGCUCAGGCAGUACUUGGAUGCACUUAACGCCUAUUAUGCCAUCGCUGGACGGCCCAGGUUCGGUAAGCGCGGCGGCGCCAUGCCCCAGCGGUCAUCUUCACACGACGACCUCCUCGACUACUGACGAAGGAAUCCCAAAUCAUCGUCCCGUUUCUUAGUAAUAAUAC